AUGCCACCAUUAAGAGCAACUCCUGAGACACCAGUCAGGCUCAGUAACUGUGGCAAGUCUUUAGUGUCCAUGGUUUAUAUCCUACUGCUUCUGGCUGGAAUCCUAGGGAACACUCUAGUUAUUAGAGUACUGCAGGGAAUACGUGGUCGACGUGGAGUCCAGACCUCUCUCAGUCAUCACAUGUGCAGCCUGGCAUCCUGUGAUAUUUUACAGCUGGUACUUGGUAUUCCAACUGAGUUGUAUGGAAGCAUUUGGAGCCCCUUCCCAUGGCCACUUGGGGCUGUUGGCUGUUCUGGCGUCUACUACCUGUGGGAAGUGCUCUGUUACUCUGCAAUUUUUAAUGUGUUGUCUUUAAGCUGCGAGAGACACCGUGCCACCUGUCAACCGCUAAGCCUCCGUCUGCGGCAGUCGUCAAGGGUGCGCCUUCGGCUAUGCUUACUAUGGCUGAUUUCUUUCUUGGCUGGGCUGCCCAUGCUGUUUUCAAUAGGCUUGGAAACUAUUAAUGUGAAAGAUAUUCAGGAGAAACCCUUUAACGUGCAAGUGUGUACUCCACUGCACCAAUGGAUGGGACUCUUCACUACCAGUGUCUGCAUGUCCUUCCUAACAUAUCUGGGAGUGUUGGUGGUGGUGGGUGUAACUUGCUGGAGAAUGAGGAGAGCUUUGCGGGCUAAUACAGGUCUGGAUAUCACAGGACCCAAUGGAUCCAUUCAGUUAUUUGACAGUUUCUCUGGUCGUCAUAUAGCAGUGCGCAGGCAAAAUGCCACGCUUCUUGGUGAGUACUAG